AUGGUCUCCGGAGGAAUGCCUCUGUUUAAGCACCAGUAUUACGCAGUGUCUGUGAUCGAGAGCCACCCGCCCUCAGUGCCGUUCCUUACGAUUAACGCCGACAGCCCUCACGGCCGGCAACUCAUCUAUAGUAUAGUGUCCGGUAAUGACAACGAAGAGUUCUCAUUGGACUUCAACUCAGGUAUGAUAUCUGUGAUCGAGAAACUCGAUCGCGAGUCCAUCAGUCAAUACAAUCUAAUCAUCUCUGGCACCGAUUCCGUGUCCGGUGUGUCGGCUACCGUUCCACUCGUUAUAACAGGUAUACAUCUAAUGCCGGUCUCCCCCUCACCUAUACAACCAGUGGAUGACGCCAAUGACAACCCACCCAUGUUUACAAAGUUCUCGUACAAUGUGUCGGUGCCGGAGUCGGCGCCCAUAGGCGCUAAUGUGGUCAAAGUGAGCGCUACCGACGCCGAUGUGGGCCUUAACGCCAAACUCCAGUAUCAGAUUCUGGGAAAUAAGUCCCACUUCUAUAACAUAGAGAGGGGAGAGUUUGUCACCAGAAUCGUGGCCAACGAUCCGGACUCGAGUGAUAUAAACAAACUGCGGUUCCGGAUACUGUCGGGCAAUGAGCACCUGGCGUUCGCCAUGAAUGACACGUCCGGUGUGGUGACCGUCUGGAACCUGAACUCGAGGAAACAGCUCAAGAGAGUGCAUCAGAUCUACGACCUCAACAUAUCGGUGACGGACGGCGUCUACUCGACCACCACUAACCUCAGGGUAACCGUAAAGCCGGCGAACAAUAAUUCGCCGAAAUUUCACCGCAUCUUCAAUAAUGUGGCCAUAAGUGAGUUGACGGCGACGGACACGACGAUAGCGCAGUUGACGGCGUCGGACAGGGAUGAGGGCGCGUACGGUGCGCUCAGUUAUCACAUCAUCAACGACAACGCCAAACGAUACUUCAAUAUCGACUCCACGUCCGGCAAUAUUACGCUCCGGUCUCCGUUGGAUCGCGAGAGCGGUGACCGACUGUUUUGGCUGACGAUCGGCGCCCAGGAUGGGGGCAAACGGAUUGGCCUCUCGAACCUCCGGGUGUCGGUCACCGAUGAGAACGACAACUCUCCGCGUUUUAUAGUCGAUGAGUACAAGUCUGUCAUCUGCGCCAACGCCCCGAUCGGUGUGACUGUACUGCCGGUGAUGGCCGUCGACGACGACGACUUUCCCGAGAAUACAGUCAUUCGGUACGCGAUAUACGAGUCGCGAAACGCCAGCCAACCCACGGCUGAGGUGUUGGACAUGUUUGGCAUCACCGCAGACACCGGUCACGUCUACACGAAGAGGAAUCUGUCGGCUAAUGUCGGAGAUAUCGUACAGUUCUUCAUCAAAGCCAGCGAUGGCGGGAACCGGAAGACGAUGAGGGCGUUGGAGGACGUGGUGCCCGUCAGUAUGCAGAUCACAGGCUCGUGUCCUUUCGUCAAACGCCAGACCUCUGUCUACGAGAUCUUCGUCGACGAGAACACCAAACGCGGGACAGUCAUAGCGAAUGUGAAUCUCGCGGGUCUUAAGGAAGUGAAACUGGCGAUCGUGGGCUUCGGCGAUAAGUCCGAUGCGACUAAAUUCCGAAUCGACAAACUCGGAGGAAUACAUCUGAUCGAGCAGUUGGACAGGGAGUCGAAGGCGAAGCACGUGCUGACCGUCGAGGUGAAGGAUAAGCUCACGUUUGCCAUCAGUUAUCUGAAUAUCUUGAUCAACGUUAUGGACCAAAACGAUUGUAUCCCGUAUUUUGACUCGUCGUCCUAUAAUGCGGUGAUCUCUGAGGGCCAGGAGGUCGGCGCGUCGAUCAUGAAAGUGAAUGCCAUCGAUGGGGACAUAGAUGUGGCCAAUAAUGCCCUGAAGUACAGCCUAAGAGACAGCGAGAACGGUAUGUUUAGUAUAGACGAGAACACCGGUUGGAUAACACUCGGGAAGCGCUUGGAUCGCGAAAAGAGGUCCUCCCAUAACCUGACUGUAGGUGUGAGCGACGGCACGCACUAUAACUCGACCACUUUUAACAUCGAGGUCUACGAUGUCAAUGAUAAUGAGCCGAUUGUCAACCAGAACUACAUGGCCUCCAUCUACGAGAACAGUCCGUUGGGAACGAUCAUCGUGUCGGUCGACGCCGUAGAUAACGACCAGAACUCGGAACUCAGUUAUUAUAUACUGAGCGGCGAUGCAUACAAUCAGUUUGAGAUCCGGCAAAACGGCGAGAUUAUCGUGAAUAAGGCGUUGGACAGGGAGUCGAUCGAGAGGUACGACUUGGAGGUUGUGAUCACCGACGGAAGGUUUACCGCGAAAACGAUGGUUACGAUCGACAUAUUGGAUAUCAACGAUAACGGACCCAUUUGUCUGAAGUCAAAGUACGUGGAGUUAGUGAGCGAAGCGGUCCCUCCGGGGACAUACAUACUGACAGUGGAGGCCACGGAUGUCGAUGACGGCGAUAACGCCAAACUGUAUUACUUUAUCUCCGGCGACGCGGAGAAGCACUUCGCAAUUGAUCCACAGUCGGGACACCUGAAGACUAAGGAUUUGCUGGACAGGGAAACUCGCGCCUCAUAUCUGUUUGAAGUGCAUAUCAGCGAUGAGAAGCGCCGGGACUGGACGUGUAAGAGUGAAGUGGAGAUACUGCUCAGUGAUGUGAACGACGAAUCGCCCAAAUUCUCCAACACUUACUACUCCGUCAACGUUCCCGAAGACUCGACGGUCGGCAUAAUCAUCGGCAAAGUGACGGCCACUGACGCCGACCUCGGCAUCAAUCGGCGCGUGCGGUACGCCCUUCAGACGGCUGUCGACGAAUUUGAGAUCGACGACAGGAAUGGUAUCAUUCGGUUGGCGAAGACGUUGGACAGAGAGACCAAAUCGGCGUACAAUCUGACGCUUAAAGCCUACGAUUCCGGUGCGUCUCAACUCUUCUCGACCGCCACUUUCGUGGUGAACGUAAUGGACAUCAACGACAACGCGCCCGAGUUUGAGAUGCAGUCCUAUCUGACAAAUGUGUCCGAAAGCGCUCCCAUUGGCGAUGAAGUGCUCAAAGUGUACGCCACGAGCAAAGACACCGGGAUUAACGCCGAGAUUAAGUACCACAUCGUGAGCGGCAACGAAAACGGCAGCUUUUCUAUACACCCCAAGUCGGGCAUCAUAUCUGUGGCCAAAGCGCUGGACUACGAGACGGUUCGCGAGUACUUCAUGACUGUGAGGGCCGAAGACGGCGGCAUACCUUCGUGCAGCGCUCNCACCGACGGAAGGUUUACCGCGAGAACGAUGGUUACGAUCGAUAUACUGGACAUCAACGAUAACGGACCCAUUUGUCUGAAGUCAAAGUACGUGGAGUUAGUGAGCGAAGCGGUCCCUCCCGGGACAUACAUACUGACAGUGGAGGCCAUGGAUGUCGAUGAUGGAGAUAACGCCAAACUGUAUUACUUUAUCUCCGGUGACCCGGAAAAUCACUUCACAAUUGAUCCACAGUCGGGACACCUGAAGACUAAGGGUUUGCUGGACAGGGAAACUCGCGCCUCAUAUCUGUUUGAAGUGCACAUCAGCGAUGAGAAGCGCCGGGACUGGACGUGUAAGAGUGAAGUGGAGAUACUGCUCAGUGAUGUGAACGACGAAUCGCCCAAAUUCUCCAACACUUACUACUCGGUCAACGUCCCCGAGGACUCAACGGUCGGCAUAAUCAUCGGCAAAGUGACGGCCACUGACGCCGACCUCGGCAUCAAUCGACGCGUCCGGUACGCCCUUCAGACGGCUGCCGGCGACGAGUUUGAGAUCGACGACAGGAAUGGUAUCAUUCGGUUGGCGAAGGCGUUGGACAGAGAGACCAAAUCGGCGUACAAUCUGACGCUUAAAGCCUACGAUUCGGGCGCUUCGCAGCUCUUCUCGACCGCCACUUUCGUGGUGAAUGUGAUGGACAUCAACGACAACGCGCCUGAGUUUGAGAUGCAGUCCUACGCGACAAAUGUGUCCGAAAGCGCGCCCAUUGGCCACGAGGUGCUCAAAGUGUACGCCACGAGCCAAGACACCGGGAUUAACGCCGAGAUCAAGUACCACAUCGUGAGCGGCAACGAAAACGGCAGCUUUUCUAUACACCCCAAGUCGGGCAUCAUAUCUGUGGCCAAAGCGCUGGACUACGAGACGGUUCGCGAGUACUUCAUGACUGUGAGGGCCGAAGACGGCGGCAUACCGUCCCUCACGAGCGAAGCGCACGUAACCAUACGGGUGACGGAUGUUAAUGAUAUCAGCCCUCAGUUCGUGCAGCGCUCCUACGAUAUUGUGAUCCGCGAAGACUCGGUGAUCGGCGACCGGAUUAUACAACUGGUGGCCAUCGACUCGGAUUCGCCGGAGAACUCGAACCUCAGCUACUCGUUCACCGGCGGCUCCCAGACGUACAAAGAGUUUCACAUCGACCCGAUCUCUGGCAUCAUAACUGUGGCCAAGGCUUUGGACCGCGAGAUGAUCUCAUCCUAUAUUCUCGAAGCCGUUUGUAAUGAUAACGGAAAGCCUAAACCCCUCUCGAACUCCGUGUUCGUCAACAUUGAGAUAUCCGACGCCAACGACAAUCCACCCGUUUUUGACAAAACUAAUUACACGGUUUACGUACAGGAGGGCCGACCCGCCGGCUACUCAAUUGUCAACUUCAAUGUACAGGACGCCGACAGCGCCGCCAAUUCCGGGCCAUUCACUCUUAAGCUACUGUCCGGCGAUUCAAACGACAGCUUUGUUUUGGUGAACGGAGACACGUCGUUGCGGACCAACACUGUGUUCAACCAUUCAUUGCGAGCCAACUAUUCGCUGACAAUCCAAGUGACAGACUCGGGAACACCUGCCCUCAACUCGACGACAGCUGUACUCGUUUUGGUGACACAGGAGCCGAGGAUUCCGCCACAAUUGAUACACCUGUCGAUUGCGGUGAACUCUUUGGAACAAUUUCCCGGCGGAAUCAUCGGUCAGGUGUCGGCCACAGAUGACGACCCCUUCGAUAAACUCAGUUAUGCCAUCACUCAAGAGGACGACAAACACCUGUUCUCCAUUGACUCGACAGACGGGACUUUAGUAGCCUUUCCCGGACUGGACGCCGGCAAGUAUAAGAUCAAUGUGACGGUCAGCGACGGCAAGUACUUUACGUACGGUUUGGUGGAUCUGGAGGUGACGAUCAUCACCGACGAUAUGAUCGCCAACAGUGUGGUCGUGGAGUUGCGAUCGAUAUCUGUGAAGGAAUUCAUCACUAAUUACAAGAAGACAUUCAUCCGAGUCUUUAAGAACGUAUUCAACGUCCGCGUGAAAGACAUUGUGAUAAUCAGUAUUCAACCGACGGAUCACAAGAACACACAGAACAGACUCCGAAGGAGUCACGAAAAUCUGGGAGACAUUAGCGUACUGUUUGUCGUCGCGCGCAGUCGUGGCGGCUAUUACUCGAGACAAUGGAUCAAAACCAAAGUCUCUGAGAGUAAGAGCGGUAUUGAGAAGCAGUUGGGAAUACUUCUGGAGGACUUCAUCAUGAAGUCCGAGUGUCAGCACAUCCACUGCAAGCACGGCGAGUGUCGCGACGAACUCAUUCUCAGCGAAAACGAUGUCAUCUCUAUUGUCAGCUCUAAACUCAGUUUUGUGUCACCAUUUCAUGAGCACCGGUACGGCUGUGCCUGUCAUCCCGGGUUCGGUGGGAAGCUGUGCGAAGUGAUCGUCAAUGAGUGCGCCCGAAAUCCCUGUCCCUCGUUCAAGGAGUGUCUGCCGGUGUCGUCCCCACUGGGCUACCUGUGCCACUGUCCGUUCGGCAAGUCUGGACCCGUAUGCAACCAAAACGCCGAGACCUGUCAUACGAGUGAUCGCGACGUCUCCUUUUGCUACGAAGAGCUGAAUCCGAUCUCAUUUCAAGGCAACUCUUACGCCAGAUAUUCCCUCCACAAGAAAGUCGAGAAAAUAUCGCUACGUUUUAAGAGCCAACAGCUGAGGGCCAACGUCUUCACGCAAAGCGGCGACAAGUCCUACAAUGUACUGGAGAUCGCCGGCGGAUACAUUCAAUACCGUUUCGACUGCGGCGACGGCGAGGGACUCAUCCGUAUCGAGAAUCUGGUGGUCAGUGACGGCAAAUGGCAUGAGAUUCUCGUGGAGCGCAAGAGCAACACCGCGUCGCUCACUCUGGACCGCAAAUACCGGGGCGGAGGGUUCGCCCCCGGGAUCGCCGGCUGUCUCCACCUCAACGCCGACCUAUUCUUCGGCGGUUCAGUGAAACCGCGCUCUAAUGCCAUCGGCGGCGAAGAGAUUACCCUGGGAUUCAUCGGCUGUCUCGACAACAUCCUCAUCAAUGGUCAACAGAUACCGCUACACAUGGCGUCGGUAUCGUCGGCCGCGGUGCUCAAGACGUUGGCGAACGUGGAGUUUAGCUGUAAUUUCAAGCCCGACGUCGGUAUCUGUAAGUCUCAGCCGUGUCUUAAUGGCGGGUCGUGUCAUAACCUCGUGAACGGGUCGUACCAAUGCGUGUGCGUCGGCCCGAAGUACAGGGGCGUCAACUGCGAGAUCGAUGUGAGUCCGUGCGAUACCAUCCCCUGUCUGAAUGGUGGGCUGUGUCGACACGACGAGGCCCUGUGCCGCACAGGGAUAGCCAACUGUUACAAAUGCGAGUGCGGCCCGAGUUUCACGGGUCUUAACUGUCAAGUGCCGCGAUUCUGUUCAUCCAAUCUCUGCCAAAAUGGCGGCGUCUGCGAGGAGACCACUUUGGGACCCAAGUGUCACUGCCACCAGGGCUGGCACGGCCUCUACUGCCAGUACGACAUCGACGAGUGCCAACUGUCGGCGCCGGUAUGCAUGAGCCCGGCCACCUGUAUCAACCUGCCCGGCACUUUCCGGUGCAUCUGUCCCAUGAACAGCACCGGUAUCUCGUGCACCGGCGAGGGACUGUACGCCACGAACAUCAUAUCGUCUCAGUUGCACAUAACGCUCGACGAGAUAAUCGGCAUUUUGGUGGUGCUGUCGGUGCUGGCGGUGACGGGCUUUAUAUUCGCCGUCUGCAUGAAAUGCAAACACAAGUCGCAAACGCACCGCACCUUCAAUAAUAGGGAUCAGAGUCAGCGACUGCUGAAGAAUGAGAUCAACGUUCAGCUGAAGAGGCACUCGAAGAUGAGUAACUUUGAGAUGAGUCACACGAGUAAACCAUUCCUCGGCCAAAGGCCCACCUCUUGCGCCGAUCCGCUCCAGACGCUCAACAACUUCAAUGAGGACCGCAGUGGCGAUGAGUUGGAGACCAAUAUAUGCGCUCAGAAUAUGCGGCAGAACUUCCAGAAGAAGAGCGCUCCCAUCGCCAGUGUUUCGCCGCAAAUGAUUGACUCAAAUGCAAAGUCCGCGUCAAAGGACUCUAAAAAGCAGAUUAAAAUACUUAACGAUGCCAAACCUUCGGCGUGUAAAGCGUCGACACCUCCGACGAGAGUCUCGUUCGGCGACUCGGAUUCAAACGUGUUCACUGAAGAGCAGACCUCCUUAACUAACUCUCAGAUCGCCGACGGUUACCAUUGGGACAGUUAUGAUUUGGCCCAAUCGGACAAUAAACCCAUUUCCUCUUCGAAUCUGUUCGAGGUAUCAGUGAAUGAGAUCCACGACUUGGAGUCCAACUCAGACAACAGUCAAAUUGAGUUGUCGUGCAAUGGCUCGCAGGAGCGGGCGUUCAUCGAGCGGGCCGUCAGUCACGAGAGUUCACCGCUUUUGUCGCGCAAUGACGGCCCCAAUGAAGACAUUCCGUUCGCCGACACGUCGGAGCCGUCGUCCCCUCAAAAGUAUCUCGACUUAUAUCUACCGAAUCUGUCGGACAACGAGUGGACGAGUAAUAAGCGGAAGAAUAUUCUCGCCUAUACUUCGCCGACCACCGACUCGAUGGCAGAUAAUAUCAAUGGUGUGGAGGAGUGCGAGAAAGUGGCCAAAGACUGCAAUAAUGGCUGCGAUUUAGACGUCGAGAGCGAGUGCGAGGAGUUUGACGAGGAGUCCAAUCAACAGUCGACUUAUGUCUAGGAGUGAAAUGAUAUGAUCUUAAAGUUACUAUAAGUUAUCAAAAUAUUUAUUGAUUUUUUAU